UUCUGUAUUUUCUUUCUUCCAUAAGUUAUUAUAAUGAACGAGUAUCAGUAAUGGGAGACUUAUUUGAUAUUGCGAAUUUAAUCACUACUGUUGGUGUUGAUAGAAUAAAAAUUAAACCGGAACCCGGACUCCCAGAAAAAUCAUCGAAUGAAAUAUUGACAGAAUUGUUCAGCACGUUUGAUGCUGAAGAAGAAGUAGCAUCGCCAGAGAACACUGAUCAACAAGUUCCAAAUGCGAGUAUCAAAGUUGAUAAACUUAAGAAGUCACAGGUUAAGAAGAAAAAGACGAAAAAGAAACACAAGCAUAAAGAUAAAAAGCAUAAAAAAAAAUCAAAACACAAUUCUUCUGAAAGUAAUAGUGACCUAGAAAGUACCAAGAAGAAGAAGAAGCAUAAAAAGAAAACAAAACGUAAACAUGAAAAUGAUUCAAACAAAUCAUCAGACUCUGAUGAGCCAAAGAAUAAGGUUUCAAAGUCAAAUAGUUCCUGUGAUGACAUAAAAGGAAAAAAUCAUAAUAAAGACAAAGACAAUGAAGUAGAGAAAGAAGGUACAGUUGCAGUCACAAAUUUUGAGGACACAUUAACAAUUAAAAAGGAACCAGGAUUAAAGAAUACUUUUAUAAGCAGUCCUGAGAGUCCUCGAUUACCACCAAUUUCAAAAAAAAUUCUAGAAGAAAUUGAGGAGCCACUGAUACCUAAACUUCUGGAGAAACCAAAGCAAGCUGCACAAGGAAAAAUUUUAAUUAAAGAUCUCAAGAAUAGUGCAGUUUAUAAUGACACAGUAAAAGAGAUAGAAAACAAAGUAAAGGAAAAAGCAGCUCGAAUGGAAGAUGGCGAACUAUCCGAUAGUAGUACAGACAAUAGAACUCCAACGUUAAGUCCUAGUCCAAUACGGAGUCAUUCAAUAAGGUCACCAACUUUAAGUCCAAAUCUAGAAAAAAUGGAGGACAGAUUGUUAAAUUUUGCAAAAGGUGGAAUAACUUUGAGAAAUGACCUGAGAUUAAUAUUGAGAGAAAAAGAGAAAAAAAGACUUGAAAAUAUGGAUAAAAAAUCGGAUGAUCCAGAAAAAUCAAAGUUGUACAUGGAUAAUGAAUACAAAGAAAAGGAGUAUAACUAUAAUCAGAAAUCCGCUACAAACAAAGAUAGUAAACGUAACCAGAAUUGCCACACACAUGAAAGAAAACGUUCCGAGUCUCGAACACGCACAAGCUUCCAUAGAAGUAGAAGCAGAGGAAGAGAUAAACGAAGAGAUAAAAGUAAAGAGAGGCAUGCUAAAAGUCGUAGCAACGAUAGACGAGAAUCUAUAAAAAGUAGAGAAAAACGAAGACACAGAAGUCGUAGCGAUGAUAGAAACCGAGACAAAUAUGUACGUGGAAGAAGUAGAAGUAGAGAACGAAAAGAGAGGAUAGAAAUUGAUAAGAAGAAAUUAUUGGAAAUUGCAAGAAGGAAUGCCAUAAAUAUGAUUAAGCAAGGAGCUUUACCAUUGGCACAACAAGACAAAGCAAUUGCUGCAAUACAAGCAGGUGGAAAAACAGUAGAUGAACUCACGGAUUUUUGUAAAUCGCUAUCAAAGUCUGAAGCAUUAGGUGAACUUUCUAGUAUUUCUUCAGAAGAGGAUGCAAGUGAUACCGAGAAAGGUUUUCAUCAUCCUUUCCUGCUUAAAGGACGACCUAAUUCUAUUAUUAUGAAUAUUCGGGAUGCCAAGCAGUUACCAACAAAAACAUUCCAAGAAAAAACAGUAGAGUCAUCGAAUCAGUUACGUUUACAAUUUCCUGUAUCAAGUGGACAACAUCAUAGAAAAAGUGAAAACGAAUGGGUACCAGUUACCCCCAAAAAACCAGAACCGAAGAAACAAUUUGUACCAGCUACCGCACCAAGUAAACCUCCUGUCGUAAUGCCUUCGCCUAUACCUACACCUACACCUGUACCUCCAGUGCAGUCAACUAUUUUUCCUCAACCCAUACCUACCGAGCCGAUAGAUAUUGGUUCGAUAGUAUCUCAAAGACUAGCAGCAAUGAGAAAAUUAAGGGAAAAUCCAAAUGAUGUAUGUGCUCAAAAUGAAAUGUAUCGUGCACAAAAUGAGAUGAGAACUUGGGCUGAAAGUAAACAAAUGCCGGGUCAGUUUACUGGCAGUACAGGAGCCAAAGUGCUCUCCCCUGCAGAACUUACAUCAGGUUACCAAGCCUGGGCUCGUAAGGAUCAAUUAGUAUCAGCACAACCUGUUUCGGGUGGGAUGGGUAUGGCUUUACUGCAGAAGAUGGGUUGGCGACCAGGGGAGGGUUUGGGAAAAAAUAAAGAAGGCACUCUUGAGCCCUUGCAGCUCGAAGUCAAAUUGGAUAAAAGAGGACUUGUUUCGGAGCAAGAUAUUGGACAGAAAAUAGGAAAAGCUACAAAGCCAGUAGUACCCGCGAUUAAAACAUUAGAAGGCAAACAUCCAGUCUCAUUAUUGGGUGAAUACUGUUCAAAACGAAAACUUGGUGCUCCAGUUUAUGAACUGUGUUUUGAAUGUGGACCAGAUCACAGAAAGAAUUUUCUUUUCAAAGUUAAAGUUAAUGGAAUUGAAUAUAAGCCAAGUGUAGCAAGUCCUAACAAAAAACAAGCGAAAGCAGAAGCAGCACAGAUUUGCUUACAAACUUUAGGAUUAUUACCAGAGCCUAGUUCUGUAUCUGUUUCAGAAUCUUGA